ACAGUAAGGGCUUUCAAAAUUGGUUCUCCUCCUCUUUGAAAUCAAAAAGUAUUUGUCGACGAGAGCCAAGAAAUUCGCAUUAAGCGAUUUCAAUUUGGUUCCUCUCUGUAACAUCAAAAACCCUAAUUCCAGUCGCCGGAACUUUUGACUACGGCCCUGUUGGAUUGUUUUUUUCUUCUUCCGCCGUUGUUUUAAAUUGAGAGCUUAAAAAAAAUGUCGAGUAAACUCUCAAGUGGAGAGCUCUUGAGCCGGUGGAGGAGAAUCGAGGAAGACGAAGAGGAGAAUGACGAUUCUGAUCCCUCUGCAGUACGACGUCUUAACCAGCGCAAAGAACAAUGGUUUACAGAUGCAUUCACUUUAUUGAUAUCAUUGCCCAAGGAUACUCAUAUUUGGUGUGGGCAUGGGGAUGUAAUGGGACCUCUUAUAGAGACAUUCUACAAUUACUUCAAAGAUGAUAGAGUUGAUUCACCUCUCAAGGUCUUGUGGAGGAGAAUCUCUGAAGAAAUGCGGCUUUGUGCUCAAUGCAUUUGUCAGCACCAUCAGACUCAAGAGAUGUAUGAAAAAGAGUAUGAGUGUUCUUCUGUUGGUCCAUUGCUUGAUGUGUUGCGGAAACUUGAUGAGGAAAGGGUGACUAGGCACUUGCAAGAGAUUAACUCGAGAAUUGAAAAAGGAACAUAUGAUCCGGAUCAUCACCAUGCACAAGUUGUUACUGUUAUGUACGAGGUUUUGAUGUUUCCGUUCUUCUUUGAUGAUAUGUCCUUAUGCGAUGAGUUUGAGAAAUUUAUUGAGUCAAUCGACAACAUUCACGAGCUUGCGUUUGCUGAGAAUCAAGAAUUUCCGGGUGUGUAUGCACUCCUUUUUCUCAAUAGAAGGGUGCGUAUAAUUGGUUAUCGCUUGGCAAGGGCCAUGGGAAAGUUGAGGUCAGCAACACAGUUGGAGCGCCUCCAGCCAUUGCUCAAGAAAUUCAUUGGAAUUCUGGAGAUGGAGGGACUGCCUUCUGCGUCUCAGGAGCCAAGGCCGAGGAUUUAUCUAGAUCGCUCAGCCAUAUGGCUUGGGAUGACAUCAUUGCUUGAGUUCUUAGAAGGCCCUGCUUUUGAAGAGGGGAUAUUAGAGCCUUAUCCCAUUUUUGUCGAUACAGUGUUGAAUCAUAUAAGCGGUGAUUCGCCUGAAUUUUCGUUGGCUGUUAAUUGCCUAAAAGAGCUAUUUAAGACACUUGGUUGUAAGCUCUGGCUUAGGUCUACCUUAUCCCCAAGUGUGAUGCGUAACACAUUGUUGGGUCAGUGUUUCCAUACAAAAGCUGAGAAGAUCCAUAAAGCCAUUUUUGAUCUUUUCCAGCCUCUAUUACAGUCCCUUGAAGCGUUGCGUGAUGGUGAGCAUGAAAAGCAACGUAGACACUUUCUCUACUUUCUCCUUCAUCAGGUCCCAGUUAGCAGUAACUUCAGCCUUUUAGCAAGAAGAAUUGGCCACAAGAUUGCUCUUCUUAUUGUACUCAGAGGUUACAAGAUGAACCCACCUUGCCCUCCCUUUGAGUGUGCACACAUGUGGGGCCCAUCUCUUGUGUCGUCGUAUAAAGAUUCUUCACUUCAUAUUUCAUUGCGGCAACCUGCUAUUGAUCUUGUCCAAGCUAUCUUGGUAUCUGAUGCAACAGCCUUACUAGCUGCACUGCUACGUAAUAAUACUGGUAAAUAUAUGGGCGAUGAGUUGCAAUAUGACGACGAUGACAGGAAUCUCCCAUUUUCCCAUACUGCUGAAGAUGUAAGUGAUCGUCCCUGGAGUGACUUUACCCAGCAGAGCAAAAUUACCCUUGGGGAAUGCAAAGAGUGGAUGUGCAUCCCGAUGCUGUGGAUUUCUACUCUUACAAAUACAAAUCUUCUAAACCUUCCAGUAUCGCUAUCCCAAGCAGUAUUUUGGUCUCGAUCACGUUUUUGUUUGGUGGAAUCUGAUAAGAAUGAUGAAAUGACACUUGAUAUAGAAACUUGGCUUUCAUCUUCUGCUGUUGAAAUCAAAGGCACGCUUGGGUGGAAGGUAGCAACAGGAUCUGAUGACGGGGGCCCAGGAAAGGAGUCCAAAAACUCUGUGACAGUAUCAAAGAUGUGUCUUACUUUGACACGAACAUUGAAGAGAUUGACCACUUGUUAUCUGGUCCAAAUGGGUGAAGAAUGUCGAAAACAGUGGACCUGGGUACCAGGGAUGGCCGAAACCUUCAUCCUUUCUCUUUCAGACCCAGAUGAUAAUGUAAGGCAAUUUGGAAAGUCUAUGCUGGAACACGUUUCAAAUACCAGAGGUCUGUCUUGUGGGCUGAAGUUUCUCUGCUCUCAAAGUUCACACCUCCUAUUCGUUUCUUCCGGGGUUAGACAUGUCUUACAGCAGGUCCAUUUGAGCUCCGUUCUACAAAGCUUUCAGAUCUUGCACCAUUUUUUCUUUUUAUUGUUUAAGUUGCUGAAGGAAGAGGAGGUGGCAAUUACUGAGGGAGUGAAGAGUUCGGCAGGGGGAUUUUUGAGGCAACCGAACUUUAAUGCUUUGCCCGUGAGAGAGGGCAGAAAUUCCUCGAGUGCUACGCCGGAAUUGCUGAAGUUUCAUUACUUGCUGGCAGAAGUUGCAUGGGGCGUGAUAAGGAAGUGCCUAGUUGAGGGAAAGGCUUUUAUCCAUCAAAGUAUUUGCCAGAUGACAUGUGUGCGUUUGCUUGAGAUUCUUCCUGUUGUUCUGGGAAAACUUAGAGUAAGCGGUGAAAACUCCUGUGAUACUAGAGGAAGUUUGAAAGAUGCAUCUGAUCUUAAAUGGCUUCCUGAUCUCAUUGAUUGGGGAAGGUCACAACUUAAGGUUGUUGUUGCGUAUUGGAAACGAGCAUUAGUGGCUCUGCUAGACAUCUUACAAGGUUCAAACAGUGACGCUUGUUCCUCGGCUGUCCAAGCUAUCAGAAAUGUUCUACUCUCUGGUAAGUGGUUUCCUGCUUGUCGAUAG